AUGUCCUACGGCGACGCUUGGCGCAUUCGUCGUCGGGCCUUUUGGCAAGAAUUCAAUGCCUACCGUACGCUGAAUCAUCGACCCAAGCAACUGGACACUUCUCGUGAUCUCUUGCGGCGACUUCUGAAGGAACCUGAAGAGUUCCUGCAUCAUAUUAAGUACACGCUUGCUGCAGGCGUAAUCUCCGUUGUCUAUGGAUUCGACGUCAAGCCUGAGAACGAUCCAAAUAUCACCCGUGCAGAAAAGGCUCUCGAACAGCUCAAUGAAUCUGCGAUCUCUGGGAAUUUCCUUGUCGACAUCUUGCCGGUUCUUAGAUACGUCCCAAGCUGGAUGCCCGGUGCUGGUUUCAAGUCAUAUGCAAAGAAGGCCCGACCUGAGACACUGGACAUGUUUAAUGCCCCUUAUGACGAAGCUUGUAGCCGUAUCCAAACAGGAGAUAUUGAUCCAAGCGUGAUAUCGCGCAUUCUCGAAAGCGGUAAUUACACCUCAGACCGCUGUGCGGAUAGAGACGUUGUUAGAGACGUAGCGUCGGCUGCUUAUGCAGGCGGUGCGGAGACAUCACAUGCGGUGCUUUCAACAUUCAUCGCAGCGAUGCUUCUUUACCCAGAUGUUCAAGCUAAAGGACAACGGGAGAUAGAUUCGUAUAUUGGUGCCCGACUCCCCAACUUUGAUGACCUACCACAUAUGCCAUAUGUUCAUGCCAUCAUGUUAGAAGUGCUGAGGUGGCAAGCGGUGUUACCGUUGUCGGUUGCCCAUCGACUCACGAUGGACGACGAAUAUAACGGUUAUUAUCUACCCAAGCACUCUACUAUUUUCGUCAAUACCUGGGCGAUCUUGCGGGAUGAGGAAUACUACCCAGACCCAGACAGCUUCAAGCCGGGGCGAUUCCUCAAGGACGGUAAAGUUGAUCCCAAACACAAAGAUCUUAUAGUCAAUUUUGGAUAUGGACGGAGGACCUGCCCCGGGCGUUUCUUUGCCAUGGACUCUCUUUGGAUCUUGUUAACGUCGAUGCUUGCUGUCUUUGACAUUAAGAAGGCAAAGAAUGCUGACGGACAAGAAAUCGAUCCUCACAUACAGUAUCUUCCUGGAUAUACAAGGCAUAUCAAGCCAUUUAGAUGUUCUAUCACACCGCGCUCCCCUGAGGCGGAGAAGUUGAUUCGUGACUCUGAUCUCAUGUGA